CAAUUCGACUCCGCCCGCCCUCCCACACUUUUCUCUUACCUCAGAUAGUCACCUGCAAAAUUCUUCAUCCCUUUGCUCCAGAAAAUAUAAAAAAACCACCUUCUUUCUCAGCUACCUAUCACCGGCAAGGGGCGGCAACCGCCGAAUUCCGACUGCAAGUAGCGACAAUUAAACCACAAUCGCCCAAUCCGACACUCCCUCUUCCCGUCAGAAAUCGAGCUCUAAUGUUCAAUUCUUCAAUACCAUCACUCGAUUUUAAGAAUUUAGGGUUUUUCCAUUUAAACCCUAGAUCUGAAAUACACUGGAUUUUCUUUGCACAGAAUUGAGGUUACACCUUUAUUCCUCGACUAAAUUCAGUUCAAACUCCCGGAAAUCUUGAAUUCGUAGAAAUUAAUCCACAAUUUGUCGAAAGCUAUGAAGAGCAGGUCGAAUCGCCACCCGACAUCCGACCCGCCGGAUGACUGGGUAGACGGUUCAUGGACAGUGGAUUGUAUUUGCGGCGUCAAUUUCGACGACGGCGAGGAGAUGGUGAAUUGCGACGAGUGUGCCGUCUGGGUCCACACUCGUUGCGUUCGUUUCGUUAAAGGAGAGAAAUCAUUCGCUUGCGACAAGUGCAAGAGUAAAGAUAACAGGAACGAUGAUAGCGAAGAGACGGAGGUUGCUCAAUUGCUUGUUGAGCUGCCCACCAAAACAAUCAAGAUGAGUAGUGGCAAUAACCAUAGUAUCAGGAAUAAUAGCAACGAUGCGUUUACUUUUAGCAAUUAUCCUCCACCUCCUCCUCUUCCGCCUCGGCGGCCGCCACACCGGCUGUGGGUGAACAGACCCAUGGAAGAAAGGGUACAUGUACAAGGUGUUCCAGGUGAGGGUGAUGUUCCUACUCUUUUUCAAGGGUCACCGACCGUUUUCGGGUCGAAGUUGUGGAAGUGUUCUGGCUAUGUACCUAAGAAGUUCAAUUUUAAGUAUAGGGAGUUCCCCUGUUGGGAGACAGAGGAGGAUGUUGAUGAUGAGGCAAAGGCGGACCAAAGCCCUGAAAAUGUAAUUGAUAAAGGGGCUGGGGUUUUGUUCUCUUUGUCUAAAGAGAAUGUGAUGCUUAACAUGAGGGGUGGUCAAUCUAAAGGUGGUGCUUUUGAUGGGAAAGCUUUCAAGGAUAGGAAAUGGGAUAAUGGGGGUUCGAAGAAGUUAAGUUCACCUGGUUUGUCGAAGAAAGAAAAGGGUAUGGGUCGGUCAAUUGUGCUUCAUUGUAGUAAGAGGAGUAGGGAAGAAUUAGGGUUAUCUAAGGAUCGCAGUGGGAAGAAGAAAAUUAAAGGUAGUCUUAAAGAACAGGAUGGGAAGAAGGAGAAAGGUCAUGGUUUUAAAUCAGUUGUCAUACAUUCAAGUAGUGCUAGGCAAGCUGAAGUGUGUGAAAGCAAAGGCCACAAGGUAGAACCAAAUGCUCACCUAGCUGAGGGUAGUAACAUAGAAAAACCCAAGAGAAAUACAGCUACUGAUGAGGGAAAUUUGGUACUUAGGUGCACAGAAGUGUCUGGACUUGGUUGUUCAAGUGAAAAGAGGGUCAAAGCAGAAAAGCCUAGCCAUGAUGCUACUGAUAGCUCCCAGAAGUCUUCUAAAACUGAAGCAGUUUCGUUGCUAAUUGUGGAGGACGGUGUCUCGAGGAGCCCUGUAAAAAAAGAGGGACUCGUUUUAGAUGUCUUUGAUAAAAAUCAAGGAGCAUUUCCAGAAUUAUCAAAGUCAAAGGCUCUCGCUGAUGAUGUGGAUAAUGCUGGUCUAGAGCUUAAUAGUUCUGGGACCACGAAGGAUGCAGGGACUGCCGUGCCAUUGAUCUCUGGUUAUUCUGAUGAUAGAACAGAAUCAGAUAUUGAUAAUCAUAAUGGGGUUUUGAGAAGUCAUCCUUCUGAUAUGGAUGUGGACUUGCUCUGUACCGAGCAAGUAUUCUCUCCUGACCGUGAAUGUGAAGACUCCAAACUGAAUGAGGGUGCUGCAACUAGUCCCCAUCUCCAUGAACAUGAGGUUCAAGAUAAUGACAAGAGUCUCGAAACAGUCAACGGUAGUCAGCUCGUGAAAAAUGAAGAGUUAAUGGAAAAUCAAUGUAAUAACAAACUCAAGUGUGAGGGUUCAGAAAAUUCCGUUGAGGUGCAGAAAACCUUUUCAGACUCUAAACAAGUUACAAGAGUUGCAGGCGAGAUUUCAAAAUUGAGUGGGGAAAUCCUGCCUCCACCAGCCAGUCAUCAUAAAACAGUGUCUGUUAAAAAGUCGUCGAGCUCUUCAACCAUUGUCAUCUCCAGAUCGUGUCUUUCUGAUAAAAAUAGGGCUGGAAAUUCUCAGAAUCCUAGUUCCAUUGGCAAACGAGUGUUUUCAAAUUUUAGUAUGGGUACUAAGAAGGAAAAUUCACCUCUUGGUCAGGUAAAAGAUGAAGAUAAACAUGAAAAAACAAAAAACAUGCUAAAAGAUCAUUCAAAAUCCUCUACCAAUGCUGUGUUGAAGGCAUCACAGCCAAGCAAGCCUGUGACAAGUCCUAGUCCAAAAAAUCAUACUUCUCUUGGAAAGGAUUCGUCAAGGCAUCCAUUUUCAAAGAAGUCUUCCGUGGAGGGUGCCUUGCUUUCUCCAGGUAUUGAUGAGCCCGCUGGGUCACUGCAGACUCAACAUGCUUUAACUGGCCAAAGUAAAAAUGCUGCUUCUGCUGGACAACAUAGAGGGGAAAAAGUCCUUCAGCCGAACUUACAGUCGUCAUCGAAGUCAACACAAUCGUCCUUGGGGCACCCGCCACCUUCGCCAAGUGCUCCUCCCGGAUUGAGCGAUGAAGAGCUUGCUUUGCUAUUACACCAGGAACUUAACAGUUCCCCAAGAGUUCCUCGAGUACCCCGUGUACGUCAUGCCGGGAGUUUACCUCAAUUAGCUUCUGCCUCUGCGACGAGCAUGUUUAUCAAGCGUAAUACUACUAGUUCUGGAGGGAAAGAUCAGCAAACAUUUUCAAGAAGAAAGAAGAAAGACGGAUCUCGCAAUUCCCGUGAACAAGAUAUUGAAGCUAGGAAGGUAGAGAGGGAACCUUCCUCUCCUGAUUCAGUAAAAACAUCUGAUUCCGCUAGGAAAAGCGUCGAUGACGUCUCCACCUCAGCAGCGAAUAGUGGUCCAUCCUCCACUGAUGCUAACGAGCGAAAAUCAUCAUCUACCCGUGAUUCGCCAGUUAAUAAGCCUGAAGAUGAUGCAGGGACUAAUAAGGGACUUCCUCUAAUCCAUCGAACUCUACCAGGAUUGAUUGCUGAAAUUAUGGGCGCGGGCAGGCGUAUGACAUACGAAGAAUUAUGCAACGCUGUCCUGCCGCAUUGGCAGAACUUGAGAAAGCACAAUGGCGAGAGGUAUGCCUACUCCAGUCAUUCUCAAGCUGUACUCGAUUGUUUGAGGAACCGGUCUGAAUGGGCACGGCUAGUUGAUCGUGGUCCAAAGACGAAUGCUAGUAGAAAGAAACGGAAGGUUGAUGUUGAGCCUCCUAAUACUGAAUCAGAGGAUGGUGAUGACAGAAGUGUAAGGGAAAGGGAUGAUAAAAGCAAGAGCUUUGAUUCAAAUAAAGAGGAGUUUCCAAAGGGAAGGAGAAAAGCUCGGAAGCGUAGGAGAUUAGCCUUGCGAGAAAGAGGGGUUAAUAAGAAAAGAACGAAAAAGGGGGCACUACUUUCUGAUGACUCAGCCGCCACAUUGUCUAAUUCCAGUGAAGACAAUAAUGUUUCUAGUGACGAUGACAGUCAAGGAAGUGGUAAAAGUGAAGCCUCUGCUAGUUCAGCUGAUAUUGUUGCUGGCUCCUAACUCUGAACCAUGUCAAGACUAUAGUCAACAAUGAGAGGGUUAUUUUCGUCAUUUCUCAGAAGUUGAACCUAAAUCUUCUCUGAAUGGAUGCUGUUAUCCUGUUAUGUGUUAAAAGUGUUGCCUUCAAGUUCUGAGGAAUGGGGGUCUGCUUUCUUCUCCAACAUGAGGCAAUGGUUCCAUUUUGACUAUAGAGAAAAAGAAGGGUUUGUGUAAAUAAAACUAGUAUUCCUCUUUUCUCUUUUGUUGGAGGGUUGGGGAUUUGAGAGAUGAGGCUGAGAAAUUACACUAGUUAAUUGACCAUUGUUGUAAAUUGUAAAGUCCUGUAAAAUUCAAUUUUCGCGUCUAUAUUAUUAAAGCGGAGUGGUGAGGGAUGUGUGGGCUUUAAAACCUCAAUCCUCACCUCUCCUGCAAAGUUAUUUAAGGAAA